UCUUAAAAAGAAAAUUAAAACCGAUGUUACUGAGCUUCAACCAAUUGAAUUAGGAUCUGAUAUUAACAAUGCUGUUGAUGUUCUAACAAAAUUACCUGAUCCCAUUCCUAAAAAUACCAAUAUCACCUCUUUUCAACAUCCAAUUUUGAUUGGUUCUCAAGCUGCAAGAUAUCAUUUUCCUAGCUUUCAGAAUCCAAUUGACUGGAAUAUAAUUGCCACUCCAUCACAAGCUAUUAACUGGUUAAAUUCAUUGAAAACCAAACAUAAGACUGAAACAAAAAUGGUUUAUUACAAAAACAUUUGUAUCAAAAUUCAAUUAAAAUGCACUAUUAAUAAUGUGAAAGGCAUUGAAGAUAUUUACAACUACAAUAUAGAAGUUGUCAUUGGUCCUCAUGACAUGAAAGAAAUACUCAAUCAGAAAUCGAGUUCUAUAAUCACAAUUCCAGCAGUUGCGGUGACACCAAUAUGCCAAAGUCACAACCCAUUAACAGGUCCAUCAAGAAGCCUUGAUGUUGAAACAAUGCUGAAAUCACACAUAAAUGAAAUGGAAAAAAUUUAUGGAGUUCCUAAUGGUGAUUUUAACCUUGCUUAUAAAUUAUGUAUUGAUACACAUUCGAAUUCACCAACUGGCAGCUCUAUUUAUAAAAUUACAAAAAUAUAUUGUGACUUCCUUUAUAAAACAAAGGAUGGAAGAGAUAUGCUAUUCUAUGAUAGCAAAAAGAAUACUGAAAUUGAUGUUGUCAUCUAUGCCUUUUCAUAUAUUAUGGAUUUGCUUAAUCAAGGUCUUGAAAUUCAAGAGAAGUGGUUGGAUUUGACAGAUGAUCAGACACGAGCCACAAGAGUUCCAUAUAUUCAAUUUGCUGGAGUAAAUGGUCAAAUGUUGGUACAAUGUCUGGUAAAUGGGUUUUAUGUUAUUCACCCAGGUCUAAAAUUACAAUUACCAACUAGGAUCAAUCAAAUUAAUAAGUUGAAUUUGGCAAUAAGAAUAAUCAAGUGUGUAAUGGAUAUGUAUAACAUAUUUAAUAAAACAGUAAAUGAUCUGGAGACAAAUCAUAAUGAAUUUGACAGAAUUUUUAAAAAUGAUGUUAAUGUUCCUAUCAAACCAAUGCAUUCUCUAACUAAUUAUGUUCAUGAUCCUUGGUGGACUCCAAAGAAGAAAAAAGCAGCUACUGAACAUAAUAGUCAUUUCAUGUAA